ACGCUCUUCCCCAGUAUAAUACGAAACCCUUCUUUCACAAAACCCUCUCUGUCUCUCUCUCUCUCUCACUCUCACUCCUCUCUCUAUAGAUCGGGGUCGUCCCUCUAUCUCUCUUCUUCUCGCGAGGGACAGUCGCUGCUGAAGAAUGGCGUUGGAGAUCACUCAGGCUCUAUUGAAUGCACAAUCCCCGGAUGCAAACAUCCGAAAGAUUGCUGAAGACAAUCUUAAGCAAUUCCAAGAGCAAAACCUCCCAAUUUUUCUUCUGUCGCUGUCUGUCGAACUCUCAAGUGACGAGAAGCCUGUGGAGAGCAGACGGUUAGCUGGUAUUAUCUUGAAGAACUCCUUGGACGCAAAGGAGGCUACUAGAAAGGAGGAGCUUCUGCAAAAAUGGGUUGCUCUAGAUCCAUCUCUCAAGUUGCAGAUCAAAGACCUGCUGUUAAGAACCCUUGCCUCAUCCACACAGGAAGCAAGACAUACUUCGUCUCAGGUCAUCGCAAAGAUUGCGGCCAUUGAGAUUCCUAGAAAAGAAUGGCCUGAGCUUAUUGGUCGUCUUCUUGCUAACAUGACGUCUGCACCUCAGAAUCAGCAAGAAAAUAUUGUGACUUGGCUAAAACAGGCAACUCUGGAGACCCUUGGCUAUGUUUGUGAGGAAGUUUCUCCUCAAGACCUUGAACAGGAUCAAGUGAAUUCUGUUCUUACUGCUGUUGUUCAAGGAAUGAGUCAAAAUGAAUCUAACAGCAGUGUCAGGCUUUCUGCAACCAGGGCGCUGUAUAAUGCACUUGAUUUUGCCCAGACCAAUUUUGAGAAUGAGAUGGAGAGGAGUUACAUAAUGAAAAUGAUAUGUGAGGCUGCACUCUCAAAGGAGAAUGAUAUAAGGCUAGCUGCGUUUGAGUGCUUGGUCUCUAUCUCGUCUACCUACUAUGAGGUGCUUGCUCCUUAUAUGCAGAGCCUUUUUGAGCUGACCUCCAAUGCCAUAAGAAGUGAUGAAGAACCUGUUGCCCUUCAGGCAGUGGAGUUUUGGAGUUCCAUUUGUGAUGAAGAGAUUGAAAUUCAGGAAGAAUGUGAAAUGGGUGAUGAUGAUUAUUCCAGCGCUCCUCAUUCUCACUUUAUAAAGCAGGCAUUGCCAGUGCUCGUUCCCUUGCUGCUUGAGACACUAACAAAACAGGAAGAAGAUCAGGAUCAGGAUGAGGGUGCCUGGAAUCUUGCAAUGGCUGGGGGAACCUGCUUGGGUCUUGUGGCCAGAACUGUGGGUGAUGAUAUUGUACCCCUUGUGAUUCCAUUUGUUGAACAGAACAUUACAAAGCCUGAUUGGCACUGUAGAGAGGCGGCUACAUAUGCUUUUGGUUCCAUCCUUGAAGGGCCAUCCCUUGAAAAGCUUGCACCACUUGUUCAGAUGGGUUUGCCGUUCAUGCUCACCGCUUUGAUGCAGGAUCAGAAUAGCCAUGUUAAGGAUACCACAGCUUGGACCCUUAGUAGGAUAUUUGAACUACUACAUGCCCCUGACCUGAAGUCAUCAGUAAUAUCUCCCUCAAAUCUGCAGCAGAUUCUAGGAGUUUUGCUGAAGAGCUUGCAGGAUGCACCCAAUGUUGCUGAAAAGGUCUGUGGCGCACUUUACUUCCUUGCCCAGGGUUUUGAAGACUCAGCGGUUCCCAUGACCCUGUCACCAUAUCUUCAUGAAAUGAUCAGUGCUCUCCUUUCUGUAGCUGACAGGAAAGAUGCUGCUGAUUCUCGCCUCAGGUCGUCUGCUUAUGAAACGUUGAAUGAAAUUAUAAGAUGUUCAAACCUUUCGGAAGAUGCUAAAAUGAUUGAACAGUUGCUUCCUGUUAUAAUGGAUAGAUUAGAGCAGACAAUGAAAAUGCAGAUCAUCUCUUCAGACGACAGAGAAAAGCAAGGUGACCUGCAAGCGUCGCUUUGUGGUGUUAUCCAGGUUAUCAUCCAGAAGUUAAGUGCAUCUGAUGCUACAAAAGCUGCUAUUCUCCAGGCAGCAGACAGAAUUAUGAGUCUGUUCCUUGGGGUGUUUGGCUGCAGGAGUACCACUGUUCAUGAAGAAGCAAUGCUUGCUAUUGGAUCGUUGGCAUAUGCUACUGGUCCUGAGUUUGACAAAUACAUGCCAGAGUUUUACAAGUACCUGGAGAUGGGUUUACAAAACUUUGAAGAAUAUCAAGUUUGUGCCAUAUCAGUUGGGGUUGUUGGGGAUAUUUGCCGUGCACUGGACGACAAGGUUAUCAAGUACUGCGAUGGCAUCAUGACCCACCUCCUCAAAGAUCUUUCAAGCAGCAUGUUGCAUCGAUCAGUAAAGCCUCCAAUUUUUUCCUGCUUUGGGGAUAUUGCUCUGGCCAUUGAACAGAAUUUCGAGAAGUAUCUUCCUUAUGCCAUGCCCAUGUUGCAAGGUGCAUCUGAAGUAUGUGCUAGGCUGGGUGGCCAAGAUGAGGAGAUGAUCGAUUACGGGAAUCAACUAAGACGAGGCAUUUUUGAAGCAUAUUCAGGAAUCUUGCAAGGUUUUAAGAAUUCAAAAGCAGAACUGAUGAUGCCCUAUGCAAGCCAUCUCCUGCAGUUCAUAGAGGCGGUUUUCCAAGACAAGGACAGGGAUGAAAGUGUGACCAAAGCUGCUGUAGGUGUGUUGGGCGACCUAGCAGAUACUCUUGGUGUGAGUACUUCAAUGCUAUUCAAGGGCUCGACCUUCUACAUAGAAUUCCUCGGUGAAUGCUUGGAAUCUGAAGAUGCACAACUCAAGGAAACAGCAUCUUGGGCACAAAAUGCCAUCAGCCGCGUUCUAGUUUCAUGAGUUGAAACUUCGUGUGGUUCUGGUACUUGGUCAGUUUAUUUUGUCUUUGCUGGUCUAGAAAUUGUUAGAGAUUAGUCUGGGAGCAGGUGCUUGGGCUCUUGUAACAUAUGCGUAACGUCGUCUUUCUGAUUAUUUGCUGAGGUGCCAAUCGCCAAUUUGCUGUGCUCUGCCAUUUUGAUGCACAUUGCUCCAUGAACUGUUGAUGGGUCUGGUCUGUCUUUACGCAUCCAUUACGCAUGAAAUCGUCCAAUGAAAUUGUGUCCAUUUCGAGAUUGCUGUAUCUCAUGUCUGAUCCUCUCAUCCUCAGGUCUUUGUCAAAGUAAAAGGAUUAUUGAUUUAUGUGUCA